UCUCAGCAGUUCUUAGGAAAAACAAACAAACAAAAAAAGACAAUCCUAUUUUAUAGACAUUUUCAUGUUUUCACUGAAAACAUAUAAAGUUGAAAAUACAGAGUAGUCACUCUCAAGCAGACUUGCUUUCAGUUUAAAUAACAUAACUGGUAAAAGACAGCAGUAGCUCUCAAAGUUUGGGGAAGUUUCAGUAACAUGGGCACAUUUGCUGCAAAUUUUAACUAGAACUCGCGUUUUUCUAUCUAAGAUUUAGAACCUUUUUAUAAAAUUCCCUAAUCCAUAGCCAUUCCUACUUUUCACUGGUAUUAAGAAUACGUAGUAAAUAUUGAAAAAUAAUGUAUAUAUCCCAAACUUAUUUCCAGAGAUCAAUUCUUCCUCUCAGUGUUGGAACACAGCAUAAAACUUUUGCAAAUCAGCAUUAAUGCAAAGAGAACUGUUAGCAUGAAAGGACCACUUGUGCAAAUACUUGCUCUUACAGUUACUGCCCUGGGCAAAGUCCAUCAUCAAUGUUUCUGUGAGCAAGGAAUGAUUCUCUAUGUACAAAUGGCAUAUCUUAAAACACGGCCUGAUUUUCAGAAAAUGCUUGAAGGCACAGAAGGGAAGCGAGCCUCUUUUAGCAUACGACAGCUGGGACCUCCCAAAGUGGAAGCAUUGAUUUUCCUAAAAAACGUGGACCUGAAACGAAUGCUUGUACUUUCCUCCCCCAGGCCGAGACUUUGGCUUCUACUUCUAUUACAAUCCAUUUCCACAUAUAUUCUAGAAAGAAAAGUCUUCCUUUGCAGCUUUGAUUGAGUUUCAGGUCCAUUUCACUAGGGCACAGCAAAAGGAUUUGGAGUUUUUGAGAAACCUUCAAAUGAAGUUGCUAGAGAAGAGCUUGCAAUCUCCUGCUAAAUCACCUAUGCCAUCUGUCCAGAAUUUCUUCAAGAAAUUACUAUGAAAACAUACAGCCAAGAUCAUAACGGUGUCCCCAGAUUCCUUUGUAGAUGUGUUCUUAAUGUUCAGGGUAAUUAUCUUCUCAACAAGACUCAGCAAUAAUCACAUACUUUUCCUUAGGUAAUUUAAGGAUUUCAUAAAUGGUGAAGACAUUUCAGUGUCUUGGUCUAUAUACAGAUGAAAGCCAUGAUUAUAGAAAACUUACAAAAAUCUCUCUUCAGGGAGAAUGAGGAGAGUUUGCUACAUUUACUAAAUAAUUUAGCGGCUGCAUUCCCUCCUUUUUUCAGGGAAAGUAAUAGGUCCAUUUUGGCAGAGAUGUGCAGUGUUAAUUUGACUCGGUUGUGCUCUGCCUGGCAGGCUCGCGGGUGCCAGGACGAGCAGCUGCCGCCUCCCUGGGCUUCACACCCGGUGUCUGCCCACAGCUCAGCAUCCUGACUGCCUCCCUCAGCAUCUAUCUUCUGCCUCAGCAGCAGCUCGCGAUAUGGUAUGGAUCACAGCCCCAGCAACGUGCCAGGCCUCACGAGCUGUGGUUUCUGUCAUACUCCUCCACCAUGAUCUGGUUAUGUUAAUCCAGUCACCCUCACACACAAUGACUGACCUGGGCAUUCUUGAAAGAAAAAAGACCAGCAACCUCUGAACAGAAAUGGCAAUGUUCUGAUACAUGGGCACAGUCCUGCAGCUGAAAUAACAGAGAAUUCCAAGAAAUGGAAGCUGCUGCUAGUAAAAGGAGACAAGCUGAAUAUCAUCAGGGUUAAUAGCUGCUACCCAAGAUCCAUGAAUGACUACAGAGUUACUCUUCUAUAUCGAACUUUCCAGUGUCAUUGGUAAUAUGCUGCCAGUCUGGGACAUCGGUGCACUGAUGGUGAGAAGGCUGUUUAUUCAUUACGCUGAAUAGAAGAGCUACAGGAACAAUGGCUUCAAAGGUCUCGUGCUUGUAUGUUUUGACAGUAGUUUGCUGGGCAAGCGCUCUUUGGUACUUAAGUAUAACUCGUCCUACUUCUUCCUACACUGGCCACAGACAGCUCAAUAGCAUAUCAAUAGCCAGAAAAAAUGUUUCCUUUGGCAACAUAAGAACUCGACCUAUAAAUCCACAUUCCUUUGACUUUCUUAUCAAUGAACCUAAUAAAUGUGAGAAGAGUGUCCCUUUCUUGGUCAUUCUUAUCAGCACAACUCACAAAGAAUUCGAUGCAAGGCAAGCAAUUCGAGAAACGUGGGGAGAUGAAAACAACUUUAAAGGAAUUAAAAUCGCCACGCUAUUUCUUCUUGGAAAAAAUGCAGAUCCCGUGUUAAAUCAAAUGGUAGAGCAAGAAAGCCAAAUUUUUCAUGACAUUAUUGUAGAGGAUUUUAUCGACUCUUAUCAUAACCUCACUCUGAAAACAUUAAUGGGGAUGAGGUGGGUAGCAACAUUUUGUUCAAAAGCUAAAUACGUUAUGAAGACAGACAGUGAUAUUUUUGUAAAUAUGGAUAAUCUUAUUUAUAAGCUGCUCAAACCCAACACCAAGCCGAGGAGAAGGUACUUCACUGGUUACGUUAUAAACGGAGGACCAAUACGAGACGUUCGCAGCAAGUGGUACAUGCCGAGAGAUUUGUACCCCGACAGCAACUACCCACCCUUCUGUUCAGGCACUGGCUACAUUUUUUCAGCUGAUGUAGCAGAACUGAUUUACAAAACCUCCCUUCAUACCAGACUCCUCCAUCUUGAAGACGUGUACGUCGGACUCUGUCUUCGGAAGCUGGGCAUUCACCCCUUCCAAAACAGUGGCUUCAACCACUGGAAAAUGGCCUACAGCUUGUGCAGGUACCGCAGGGUGAUCACGGUGCACCAGAUAACGCCAGAAGAAAUGCACAGAAUUUGGAACGACAUGUCAAGCAAGAAGCAUCUUAGAUGUUAAGAUUUUUACAGAUGUAAAUACCUUUUUUAAAUAUUGCUUUAGUCUGGUUAUUUUUUGACAAAGUGAUGUACUGAUUUACAGGUUAAACUGUGGGAUAUUACUGUGAGAGGAUUUUUAAUGACUGAUUUUUCAUUCUCGUUUUGACUACUGGUUUACAGACUUCAGGCUCUUUUCAUAAGGACAUUACACCAAUCAAAAGGAUCUAGAGUCAAAUCUCAGAUUUUGUAUAUUAUCCUCUAUCACACAUAUCAGCUCCUGCAUCUGUACAUAAAUGGACAGUAAUAAACUAUCAUGAGCUGCUUAACAGUUCAUGCCCCAGCCUCUGAGGUAAGACUCAGGCCUAAGAAAUGAAGAAUUACAAAUACACUUUUAUCCCUUUUUGACACCCUACAAUCAUCCCUACUCAGAGCUUUGUUAAUAAAUUGAACUGUAUAUAUUUGCACUGAUCUUACACACCUACCUUAGCAUCUAUGACUUAUAGUACAAUGUGUGCAAUCUCCAAACAGCUCACAGAUGGCGCAGUAGCAGAAUUUAGACAGGUAAGAACAUCAAAGUCUCAUAGGCCUUAGAAACAAGCCUACACAGAGAAGAAUAUUUUUAUUCCCCCAAAUCACAUCCCUUUAAAUCAUUUCAGAAAGUUCCCCACUUCUUUCUACUGCCAACAGUAGCCCCUAAAAUAUCAAGUCAAAUUUUAAAAUGAAAUAGGAUCUGUAGAUGAAAUAUAAAACAGCAGAGAUGUAUGAAAUACAUCUUAAAUAUCUGUGAUAAGAGUACGAAUAUCUUAAUUUUGUUACAAAUCUGUAGCUCUCCAUAAGAGCCAAUACUCAGAGGUCCAGCUCAAAAAAGAACUCAAGAGAUCCACAGAGCAAGUGGUAGAAAUUAAAUACACAAGGUUUUAGUCAAGUUUUGUAACAUCCUUAUGUAUUUUGAAUAUGAAUGGUUAUGAAAUGUCAUGAAAAUUAUUUCCUGGAAAAUUCUUUGAUAGGUUCAAGCCAUCCCUACUCAGUAUCACCUUCCAACAAAGAACUAAAAUGUGACGUUGCUUAACAAAUAACUUGGAAUGAAGAAUUCAUAGGCAAGUCACAGGUACAAAACUCACCAAAUGUAUUAUUAGCUGUAGAGUACUCACACCAUCCACAGCAUGCACAAAAAUUGCAUACAUUUCAGCUGGAGAUAUGCAUAAUGUGGAAAACUGGUAAGACUGUACGUUAUUCAGGAUGUCUACAGAGUUGUCAGAAAUUAACUGAACAAGGAUUUAAAGGAAAACUCUGAACUGAUUUUGCCAUAGGUGUACAUAGUACUUUGUAAUGAUAACAAAUGAAUGAAGAUGCUACCCAAAAGUUUUGCAGUUUUAAGACAAAGUCUUAGUACUAUUCACAGAUGGAGCACUGUUUUGAAAGGAACUACUUGUAAAUAAGAUGAAGUGCACCUGGCCCUCGAGCCACAAGCAUUAGAUGUCUCAAAGAUGUACUUCAAAUCUAAAGGUGAAGCUACGCAAUAGAUAGCCCAGGAGUUACUGCUAAUCAACAGGAGCUUGCGCAUCCUUUGUAUGUGAAAAUCAGUAAUUUUAUUUUAAAAAAUAGUGAAUCUCUUGCAGCAGAUUAAGAUUUAUCCUUCCCUAGUUGACCUAGUCCUUGUUAAAGUUGCUCUUGCUUCCUGUCAAACACAGAACUCCAGCAAAACAAGGUCCAUCUAAUUGCACAUACAAAUAUAUGUAUAUAAUACACAGAGAAUGAAAUUCAGCUUUUCUUAUCGAGGCCCCAUGAUAUGCAGUUUAGGAAGGGAAACUAGGGUGGAAUUCAUCCCCAGCCCUCGGGUAAGUCACAGAGUGUGGGCACAGCCCUACCAGGGCACGCUUUCUAAGAAUUCCAGCCAAUAGGCUGCCAUCACUUCCCCGUCUGUCCGUGCUGUGCUGUAAACUGGGGUUUCUGAAUCCCCAGCCAAACGGAUUUGGUGGCCUUUCUUCUCCCACUGACACUUUUGUGGCCUUUGGUUAGUAACCCAGAGGACAGCAGGGCUCCCAAGUCCUGGUACCUCAGGGCUCGAGUAGCACAGCAGCCUUGAAUUUCUCCCCUAGUAAUAAAUAAACUGCAUUAAUGAUUGGAAUUGAAAACCUUGAAAACAAUAUCUGAAAAAUGUAUUUCCUGCCAUUUAUAAAUAGAUAGAUCUUAAACAGAAAUGUAAAUGCUCAUCAUGGAACUUAUGUACAUAUUUCUAAGACAUUUUCUUCUGUAUUCAGCUGUAUAUAUGCAUAGAGGCUGCUUGCUGCAUAGUAUUCUGUUGUGCAUGGAGCUGAGUUAGGCAUUAUAUUUGUCCAGUGUUUCAAGAGCCUUAAGCAUGUGUGCCCUAACUUUUGAAUGUACAAGAUUUUUUUUUCUUUUAUUAAGUGAAUUAAAGAAAACAAGAGCCUAAUUUUCUACUUCUAUUAAUUUUCUGAUAUUUGACUUCACUAGAUUGUUAAAUAUGUAUAAACAGAUUUAUUUUCCCUUUGCUCAUAAACUGCAGUAUUGCAACCUAGAUCUAGAAAGGGAGCAAUACAGCUACUCAUAGCAGCAUGGGAGUUACUGUCCCUUCCACUCAGAAGUAUUUGUGGCACCUUGGGUACUGUUAAAUAAAAUGUUUUGCAUUGGGCUUCCUUUAAUCAAAAGUAUUUAGUACUUAAAGGCCAUUUUGUUUCACUGGGCAUGGGGCAGAUGAAAAUUUGGUUAAGAUGUUCCAGCUUCUAGUCACUUCAAGUGUGAGUAUAAUCUUAUUUUGAUUUCAAAACAUACAUUAACAGAGUAUAUUGAGCUAAGAAUCUAUGGGGAAAAACGCCUCUCUUUUGGAGGAAUUUUUCACUUUCUUGGCUAAAUCUCUGACAGUAUUUAGACACAAGUCUCAAGAUUCAUUUUCCAUCUUUCCUAAUAAUAAUGUUGAGUAUCAAUUUUGAUUCAUUGUAGGGAUCAUUUUUUUGUCUUUAUAACAUAGGUGGCAAUGGCAAUUUGUAAAUGAAGAAUGUAAUUAACUAGAAAAGCUUGUCAACAGUAACCGAACUUUAAGUGUAUCAUUAUAUAUGACUGGCUGUACUUAUGUAUUUAUUUGUCUAAAUUGUAUAUAUUGUUUCAUCUCUAGUGUCUGUAGGAGUGCAUUCUUUUAGAUUAAAGUAUUAUUUACAGUUUUGUGGGAUUGCCAGCAAAGCUGCUAAUCAAGAUACUAUUUUUUUGUAUCAAUGUCAAAUAAUAAAAAAAAAAUAAGAACAGA